CGCGGCCGCCGUUAAACACCUGGGCCGGUAUCCACGAAAGUGUCUUAGGCCGAUGCCGUCGUCCAUAGCAAAAUAAAAUGGCGGCUAUCGUGCCUAACUUGCCUGACGUCGUACAUAAAAUUUUUCGACGGCCCUAACAUCGUGCUUAGCGGUAAAACAGGCUGGACCCUGUCUUACCAGCCCUUAAGGACGAUGGAUUUGAACGUAAACAAUCAAGAUGGCAGCGCCACAAGAGCAACAACCACAUCAGCCAGGGAAUAAUUACCUUAGAAAGGACGUUCUAAAUGAACUUAAUGAUGCUGAGCUCAUCAAGAGGUACAGGUUAGACCGGGAAGGUAUAUUAUUUGUUACCAACCUUGUAAGGGCAGCGCUGAAGAGUGAUACCAACAGGUCUAACCCGCUCACCCCGGAGUUGAAGGUUCUCAUAACCUUAAGAUAUCUUGCUACUGGCAAAAUGCAACAAUGUAGCAGUGAUGACCUUGGCCCCUCACAGUCCAGCAUCAGCAGAGCCAUCAGUAAAACUAUAGACGCCCUUGCAGAUGUUAAUGUCCUCAAGAGGUUCAUAACUUUUCCUGUCACCCAAGACAGCGCUGACCGAAAGAAAGCAGAAUUCUUUGCUAUAGCCAAUUUCCCUAACAUCGUAGGUGCCAUUGAUGGCACACACAUCCGAAUUGUGGCACCGAGGGAUCAAGAAGAAGUGUAUGUGAACCGGAAGGGGUAUCACAGCAUGAAUGUCCAAGUUGUAUUUGAUGCCAAUUAUCGAAUAUUGGACAUUCUUGCCAAGUGGCCAGGGUCAGUGCAUGAUGCACGUAUCUUGAACAGCAGUGGAUUGUCAAGAUUGUUUGACGGAGGAUAUGUGCCAACAGGAAGUCACUUGCUUGGAGACAGUGGGUACCCCUGCAAGACAUGGCUCCUUACACCUUAUCUGCGUCCACUGCCUGGACCUCAGUCACGAUAUAAUAGGUCUCACAAAAUUACACGCAGUAUUGUUGAACGUGGAAUUGGACAACUCAAACGCCGAUUUCAUGUUUUGCAUGGUGAGGUACGAUUGAGGCCCCCCCUCAAGGUGUGCAAAAUCAUUCAUGUGUGUGGAAUGCUGCACAAUAUUUGCAAGGAUAGGAAUCUUCCUCUUCCUCUGGAUGACGAGCAACCAAUGGGUGCAGAGGCACAAGUCCCAGUGCCAUUAAAUGAUGCUGCAGAAGAACCUGCCAAUGCGCCCGGUGGUCACCGUAAUGAGGGUCGUGCCUAUCGGGAUGCAUUCUGCACCUUGCAUUUCAACAAUGAGGACUGAUGGAACGUCCUCCAACAGGGCCUCGUGUACCUACCUUGGUAAUGUUUCCUACCUUUUAAUGCAUUAUGAUAAAUUUAAAUUCCCAUUAGCAUAGUCUCUCAUCUCCUAACCACAAUUUCUGAUGACCUUCUUAUGAUUGUUUUCUAAAAAGGAGACUAGAAAGCUUCACCAUAGUAUAUCUUUCCACAGUCAAAAUUCUAAUUGUAUAGUCAGAAACUAUGCAAAAAAAAGCAGUGUCAGUAUAAGUACAAAUUACAAUACAUAUGAGAACUAAGCUUAUAAUAGUUUAAUAAUGUUAGAAAUAACAGAAGUAGUAUUUGGUUGUAUGUUUAAUUAUUUUCUAGUUUAAAUUUAUAGUAUCUAGCUUUAAGCCUCAUGGCCUCAAUUUUCUCCUUGGCAGCCUGUUCCUUGGCCCGCAUAGCUGCCUCCUUGGCCCUCGCAGCGGACUCCUUGGCCCUCGCAGCGGACUCCUUGGCCCUCGCAGCGGACUCCUUGGCCCUCGCAGCGGACUCCUGUGCUCGGGCAGCUGCCUCUUGGGCCCGUGCAGCGGAUGCCACUGCCUGAGCAGCUGCCUUGUGUUCCUGGGCAGCAGACUCCACUGCCUUUACAGCUCCCAUUUGUCCCGUGGUGGGAUCUUCUGAGGGGAUGGAUGAAGGGGGAAGCGCUUCUUCUGCAGAUGCAUCAACAUAUAUUACAGUUGGUGCAUCUGCAGAUUCGUGGCUAUUGAUACCGACCAACGGAUCUGCUGUUGCUCCUCCUGCAGCAGGUCUCACGUCCUUUCUGCAAGCAAUGGAUUUAAUCAUUACAUGGUGUACAAGCUUGGAAGAUGCAAGGACACACCUGCCAGCAUAGUGAAAUCACUCCUAGAAUAGUAUACUACAUUAUAUAAUCUAUACACUAUAUUACCUUACAUGAACACAAUCUAUCUUAUAUUCUUUACUAAUUUUUGCUGUGCCUUUGGCCGGCGCCUUGUGUAAAAAAAAUUCAAUUAAUGAAUGAUAUAAACAACUGACUGACAGUAA